AUGAUGUCCAGCAACUCCCCCACCCCCACCCAGAAGCAAACCCUCCUCAUAGUAGGCGCCGGCAUCGCUGGCCCCACCCUCUCCCUCACAAUCCUGACCCACCCCCUCCUCAGCACCCUCUACACCCCCCUCCUCUUCGACCGCCUCCCCUCCACCCCGACCGCCACCGGCGCCGCCGUCAUCCUCUCUCCCAACGCCCUACACCCCCUCUUCCAGCUCGGCCUUCAGCCCUCCAUCCUCACACACUCCCAAGAAGCCCUCUCCAUCACCAUGUGGCGCUCCAAAUCGCCCGCAACCGCCCCCGGCCGGCGUCUCAACGGAAUCACCAACCCCGCCUUCGCCCCCGACCUCGCCACGGGCCUGCGCGCAAUCGAGCGCAGCACGCUGUCCCGCCUGCUGCUCGAGCAGGUCGUCGCCCACGGCGGCGAGGUGAUCUGGGACGCCAAGGUGACGGGCUACGCACAGACGCCCGAGGGCGUCGAGGUUCUGCUCGAGGACGGGUCGCGGCGCAGCGGACACAUGCUCGUCGGCGCAGACGGCGGGUGGUCGUGUAUCCGGAAGCAGCUGAUGGGCGGCGACGGGGCGGACUGGAAGCCGGCGUUCGCUGGUGCGUCGGCCGUGUACGGCAUUGCGCGGCAGCCCAAGGGUGCAGACGGGGAGGGGGAGGAGGAUGUUGCUGGGCGUGGACAUGCGGUGCUGCUGGAUGUUGGCGGAGUGGCGACGUGGGCGCUGCCGGGCGGGAAGGUGUUCUGGUCCGUCAGUGUUGCGGAGGCCGCGCCGCCGGAGGGGAAGGCGGUGACGGAGGUGGAGGGCGAGUAUGGCGUCGUCAACACGGGGGGCUACUCGCUCGAGUCGACGGAGGAGAUACUGCAGCGGUACGAGAAGCUAUGGUUCCCUACCGUCGGCGAGUGCGGGGACCUCUUCAAGAACAGCGAACGCAUCGUGAGAGCGCCGCUGUGGCAGCGCGUCUACGACGAGAAAGACAUCGCCAACCUCUCCACCGCCGGAAACGUCGUCCUCAUCGGCGACGCCGCACGCAUCAUGGUUCCGACGAGCGGGCAAGGCGCCUGCAUGUCCAUCGAAGACGCCACCGUCCUCGCCAACGCCCUCCUCAACAACACCUCCACCACCGCGCCCGAGCUCAAGCCCACCUACAGCGCGGCCCUCAGCGAAUACGUGCACGAGCGGCUUCCGCGGUCAAAGGCCAUUGCGCGGCAGGCGUGGUGGAUGGGCGUUGCGUUUAUGGCGCGGAACUGGUGGUGGCGGUGCGUGCGCGACUGGGUGGUGAGGUGGGUGCCGAUGGAUCGGGAGGGGGGGAAGGGGGCUUGCGCGAAGAGGUGUGUUGGUGUUGGUGCUGGUGCUGGUGGGAAUGGGGGCGAGGAGGUGAAGGAGGAGAAGGUGGCGGGGCCUGGGGCGGGCGGGUGGUUGCAUGGUGUGAGGUUGGGGGUGGAGGUGAGGGGGGUGGGGGAGUGUGGGGUUUAG